AAAAAAACAGUUGGCCGGAGGUUAAACUUAAUUGGCUUAUUUCUUUUCUGAAUCUGAACACAUUAGAGAGAGCAGAGUAUCUUGAAAUUCUGCUCAGGAGGAUUCGAAGUAGAUCUAAGAUAAGUGAAAGAUGAAAGUGGCAGUGAUUGGUUCUGGUAUUAGUGGUUUGGUCUCAGCCUAUUUUCUUGCAAAAGAAGGCGUUGAAGUGGUUCUAUAUGAGAAAAAAGACUACCUGGGUGAUCAUGCCAGGACUGUCACAUAUGAUGGUGUUGAUUUGGACCUUGGUUUCAUGGUCUUCAAUCAUGUAAUGUAUCCAAAUAUGAUGGAGUUCUUUGAGAGCCUUGGAGUGGAUAUGGAGACAUGCAACAUGUCCUUCUCAGUGAGUUUAGAUAAAGGACGGGGCUGUGAAUGGGGUAGUCAAAAUAGUCUCUCAAGCUUGUUUGCAGAAAAGAAGAACUUGUUCAACCCUUACUUCUGGAAAAUGCUUCGAGAAAUCACCAAGUUUAAACAUGAUUUGAUCAGUUAUCUUGAGGUGCGUGAGAGUAACCCAGACAUUGACCGGAAUGAAACCUUGGGGCAGUUUAUUGAGUCACAUCACUACUCUGAACUAUUUCAGAAGGCUUACCUUAUUCCAAUAUGUAGUUCAAUCUUAUCGUGUCCUUCAGAAGGAGUUAUAAGCUUCUCAGCUUUAUCUGUGCUUUCGGUUUGUCGCAAUCAUCAUCUACUUCAGCUAUCUGGCGGCCCACAGUGGCUUACCAUCAAAUGGGGUUCACAUUGUUAUGUGAAGAAGGUGAAAGAAGUGUUGGAGAGUAAAGGGUGUCAGAUAAGAACCGGCUCUGAGGUGCAUAAAGUUUCCACAACUGAUGACGGUUGCACUGUUUUUACUGGAGAUUGUUUUGAGGAAAUUUACAAUGGAUGCAUUAUAGCUAUCCAAGCCCCCAAAGCCGUGAGAAUAUUAGGAGAACAGGCAACACCGGAUGAACUGAGAAUACUUGGCGCAUUCCAAUAUGUGUACUGUGAUAUUUUCCUUCAUCGUGACAAAACUUUUAUGCCCCAAAAUCUAGUAGCAUGGAGUGCAUUAAACUAUCUUGGAAGUACUGACAACAAAGUAUGUUUGACAUACUGGCUCAAUCAGGUUCAGAACCUCAGCGAAACACGUCAACCAUAUCUUGUGACACUCAAUCCAGAUCAUACACCAAACCACAUCUUGCUUAAGUGGUCAACAAGCCAUCCAGUCCUAUCUGUUUCUGCAUUGAAAGCUUCGCUGGAGCUUCCUCAUAUUCAAGGAAAGAGAGGAAUUUGGUUUUGUGGAGCAUACCAGGGUUAUGGCUUCCAUGAGGAUGGGCUAAAGGCUGGAGUGGCUGCAGCACAUGGUAUGCUUGGAAAAGGUUGUGCCCUGUUGGGAAACCCAAAACAUAUGGCUCUUUCAUUGACGGAAACAGCAGCACGCUUAUUUGUUACUAGAUUUUGUAGACAUUAUAUAUCUACCGGAUGUUUAGUCUUAUUAGAAGAGGGAGGCACAAUGUUCACCUUUGAGGGAAGCAGAAAUGACUGUUCUCUAAAAUCCAUUCUUAAAGUUCACAGUCCUCAGUUUUACUGGAAAGUAAUGACACAGGCUGAUCUAGGCAUUGCAGAUGCAUAUAUCAGUGGUGAUUUUUCUUUCGAUGAUAAAGACCGAGGUCUUCUAAAUCUUUUUAUGCUUCUCAUUGCCAACAGAGAUUCUAAUGCCUCAAAAUCAAACAAGAAAAGGGGAUGGAGGCAGCCUUUGUUUUUCACAGCCACUAUAGCGUCAGCCAAAUGUGUCUUUCAGCAUGCUUUAAGGAAAAAUAGUCUUACACAGGCUCGAAGGAAUAUAUCUCGUCAUUAUGAUCUGAGUAAUGAACUAUUUUCGCUGUUCUUGGGUGACACAAUGAUGUACUCCACUGCAAUAUUUAAGACAGAAGAUGAGGAUUUGAAUACUGCACAGCUUAGGAAAAUCUCUAUUCUCAUUGAUAAGGCUAGAAUAGAUGAGAACCAUGAGGUUCUAGAUAUUGGUUGUGGUUGGGGAACCUUUGCUAUUGAAGCAGUCAAACAAACGGGCUGCAGAUUCACUGGCAUCACUCUAUCUGAGGAACAACUUAAAUUUGCUGAAAAGAAAGUGAAAGAUGCUGGACUUCAGCACCGGAUCAAGUUCCUUCUGUGUGACUACCGCCAAUUGCCUUCUUACCACAAAUAUGACAGAAUCAUAUCUUGCGAGAUGCUAGAACAUGUCGGCCAUGAAUUUAUGGAUGAGUUCUUUUCUUGUUGUGAGUCUGUACUGGCAAAAAAUGGGCUUUUUAUUCUCCAGUUCAUAUCUAUGCCGGAUGAAUUCUAUGAUGAGUACCUACGAAGUUCAGACUUCAUAAAGGAAUAUAUAUUUCCCGGUGGAUGUCUACCUUCAUUAAGUAGGGUAAUAUCAGCCAUGGCAACUUCUUCUAGACUUUGUGUGGAGCACUUGGAAAACAUUGGAAUUCAUUAUUAUCAAACACUAAGAUGUUGGAGAAAGAAUUUCUUAGAGAGACAGAGUGAAAUACUCGCUCUUGGAUUCAAUGAAAAUUUCAUUCGAACAUGGGAAUAUUAUUUUGAUUAUUGUGCUGCUGGUUUCAAGUCACAUACACUUGGAGACUACCAGAUUGUGUUUUCACGUCCUGGUAAUGCUCUCACAUUCAACAAUCCAUAUAAGGGUUUCCCUUCAGCAUAUUGAUGGUUAUGCACUAUGAACUACCAUGAAGAAUAAGGCGCAAAUUAAACAAGGCUCCCUUUGAAUGAGUGAUUCUAAAUCUACAUAUUUUGUUUGACAUAUAUUAUUGCUUAAAUUGCAUGUCAAACAUGUAAAGAUUUCAAGUUCGAAUAAAAAAGUAAAUAAA